AUGGUCAUGUCAUGGCUAUGGAAUGCUAUGGUACCCGAGAUAAGUGAUACUGUCAUGUUUUUGACAACCGCUCAAGAGAUAUGGGAGGCGAUCAGACAAACUUAUUCGAAGAAAAAUGAUGCAGCCCAGGUGUACGAGAUCAAGGUGAAGCUAGCUGCUACAAAACAAAGGAACAAGACUGUAACAGAGUAUGCCAACACUCUGAAAAAUUUGUGGUACGAGUUGGACUAUUACCAGGUUCUCGAGAUGAAGAACAGCGAGGAUGCUGUGUUGUUGAAGGCUUUCAUAGAAAAAGACCGAAUCUAUGAUUUCUUAGCAGGCUUUAAUUCGGAAUUCGAUACUGUAAGAGUUCAGACUUUGGGGAAAGGAUUAUCCUCUCUAAAUGAAGCAAUUGCAACGAUUCGUGCUGAAGAGAGUAGGAGAGGAGUUAUGUUGGAUUCGCAGCCAUUGGAAGGAUCGGCACUGCUUACAACCGCUGCUAGUGAGCAAACUUUGGAGAAGAAGUCUUCAACUACUACUGAUUAUAAGAAAUCUGCCCCAAAGAGGACAUUCAAAGAGAAUCUGGUAUGUAACUAUUGCAAGAAAACUUGUCAUACGAAGGACACCUGCUAUAAGCUACAUGGAAGGCCACAAAACAUGAAUCAGUUAAACCGGAAUUCCGGAGGAAGAAGCUGGCAGCAAAAGGGACAAGCCCACGUUGCACAAAAUAGCACUAAUAAUACCAGUAAUCAACCGAAUUCCAAUAGCAGAGAAUUCUGUAAGGAAGACAUUGAUCGCCACCGAUCCUUCUUGAUUCACUCGAAAAACCUACAGGACCGAGCUUCAGGGAAGACGAUUGGGCUUGCUAAAGAAAAGGAUGGUCUUUACUGUCUCGAGCCGAUGAGUGAAAAAGGGAAGGUAACAAGUGAUGAAAAGGAUGAUGAUGCAGAUAUCCUCGAUUUCAAUCUUAUGCCCAAAUUGUCACCACCAUCUUUGAGUCCAAGUUCUGCAACCGCUCCUGCCUCGGUUUCCUUUGGUUCCCCUCCUACCGCGGCUUCUCCAAGUCCAGAUCACAUUCAUUCCCAGGUUUCACUACCUAAUUCUGAUUCCAGUUUUGAUAUUCCUCCACUUCAAAAUCCAGGUGUGACACCUCCUGAAUCUCAACCACAAUCUCCUCCUAAAAAUCCAACUCCACUAAUCAAUCCAAUAGGCACUAAAUCACUUUAA